AUGAAGAAGUCCACCAACCAAUACCAGGCCGUUCCAUCAAAAGGCAGACCCUAUCGCACCAACCCUCCAGCAAACAGGCCGGAGAGGACAACGAACUCUCCGGCCGGUGCGUUCUACGAAACAUCACCAACCAACUCUCAACAAUCAACAUCAGAGGCAGCACUCUUAACAAACCCCCAAUGGGAAAUCACGCCACUUCGACCCCCAUCAUUCUGGGGAACGCAUCAACAAAUGACCCUCAAGAACAGGUCCGAGGAGUUAAUUAGAGGUCGCAUCGUGGAUCAUCAAGAUCUUGUUCAAUACAUCAAAAAUCGUGGUCUCAAAUCUGUUAUCUUGGAAGACAACAUGAAAGAAUUGGCAGACAUCUACAAGCUCUCGGUACAGUACACUGGCACCCAAAUGUCACUUAAGGGUCUCAAACCCAGCGAAAUGUACUUGACUAUCAGAAUCAUUAAUUAA